UUCAGUCUGAGGCUGUUGAUCGCCGCUAGCGGACGUGGUCGCUCAACCCUACUCUACUCGAUUCGAUUCGACUCAAAACCGAUUCAGAAACCAAUCCCGAACCGAUUCCAAACCGAUCCCAUCCGAUCCGACGUGCGUUCUAUAUUUUUUUGCAGUUGUUAAAUGUUUUAAUUGACGCGUAACGGAUGUAAAGCGAUCCACGGAUUCCCAACAUGACGGAUAAAGAAAAUGAAAUACAGCCUGCGGCUGAACCAUCGAAUCCCUCGCCAAGAGCUGUGGUUGGAGAAGACUCUACCCCCAGUGCUCCGAUCGUAGAAGACUCUACCCCGAGUCCUGCGCCCGUAGAAGACUUUACCCCCAGUACUGCGAUCGUAGAAGACUCUACCCCCAGUGCUCCGAUCGUAGAAGACUCUACCCCGAUUGCAGACAGUCCACCCGCCGUCGAGAGCAAUGGCAAGGCAUUGGUGGAGGCCAAGAAGUUGCCCGAGAUAUCCGCGGAACCGCUGAAGAAUGGCAAGGAGCCGGAGCAGAAUGGCAAGGAGCUGCAGGAGGCCAGUGACUUCAAGAACGUCUCCGAGGCCGAGGGACAGCAGAAGAAACUGCCCUACCCCAAGUCGGUGUUCUUCAUCAUCAGCAACGAAUUCUGCGAGCGUUUCAACUACUACGGCAUGAGAACUGUUCUGGUCCUCUAUCUGAGUCGAGUUCUGGGCUAUUCCGACGACACCGCCACCGUGGUCUUCCACGUCUUCACCAUGUUCGUGUACUUCCUCUGCGUUUUCGGUGCCAUCAUCUCGGACUCCUGGCUGGGCAAAUUCAAGACGAUCCUGUAUCUAUCCCUGGUGUACAUAUGCGGAUCGGUGCUGCUGACCCUGGGCGCCAUCGGACCCCUCAACCUGCCCAUGGAGACGUUCACGAUGCUGGGCCUGGCGCUAAUUGCCCUCGGAUCGGGCGGCAUUAAGCCCUGCGUAUCGGCAUUCGGCGGCGAUCAGUUCAAGGUGCCGGAGCAGGUGAAGCAGAUCACCUCGUUCUUCUCGCUCUUCUACUUCUCGAUCAAUGCCGGAUCGCUGAUCUCCACCACCGUGACGCCGAUUCUUCGCGAGGACGUCUCCUGCUUCGACGACAUCAACUGCUAUCCCUUGGCCUUUGGAGUGCCCGCCGUGCUGAUGAUCGUAUCGGUGAUCGUCUUCGUUCUGGGACGAUCCCUCUACAAGAUGAAGCCGCCGGCAGGGAAUAUGGUGGUGCUGGUGAGCAGCACCAUCUGGACGGCCAUCACGACCAAGUGCAGGGAGAAGAAGACCAAUCCCCGAGAGCACUGGCUGGACUAUGCCGACUCCAAGUACGACCGCCAGUUGAUCGACGAUGUGAAGGUUCUGAUGAGGGUGCUCUUCCUCUACCUGCCGCUCCCCGUCUUCUGGGCACUUUUCGAUCAGCAGGGCUCCCGCUGGACCUUCCAGGCCACCCGCAUGGACGGCGACAUGGGCUCCUGGGACAUCAAGCCCGACCAGCUGCAGGUGCUCAAUCCGCUGCUCAUCCUGCUCUUCAUCCCCCUGUACGAUGUGGCCUUCUAUCCGCUCCUGAGACUCGUGGGCAUCAGUCGACCGCUGCAGAAGCUCACCAUGGGCGGCAUCCUGGCCGGCAUUGCCUUCAUCAUUUCCGGCGUGGUGGAGCUCAAUCUGGAGAAAACCUAUCCCGACCUGCCCUACAGCCAGAACAUCCAGCUGCGCAUCUUCAAUCCGGAGAACUGUGCCUACACCUUCACCUCGAACCUCGAGGGCGUGGAGAGCGUGACGGUGCCCUCGCUGAAUGCCUAUACGAACAAGGAGCUCUACGUGCCCAGCUCGUUGAACCUGGUGUACUCGCUGACCAGCCAGGAUCCGGCCUGCACCAACAAUGUCGUGGGGGCCACUAAAACGCUGACCGACAAGAAGGCCUGGUCGCUGUUCCUCAACCCCACGAAUAUCAGCACCUCGCACUUCUGGGAGGAGGACUUCGUGGACAAGCCCAGCGAGAGCCAUCCGCUGAUCCGGAACGUGGCCAAUGUACCGCAGACGCAGACGAUCUACUGGCGAAGUGUCUCCAAGCAGGAGACGGCCUUCGAGGAUCUGGCCGCCAAGACGAACCUCACCCGGGUGAAUUCGGCAGAGUACGAGGUCCUGGUGGGCGAGGCGGUUGUGGGGCGAUUCAAUGUCCACACCGGCGGAGUCUACACACUGCUGAUCAGCGACGGGCUCGUGGGCCAGCUGGUGGAGGUGACGGAGCCGAAUUCGAUGAACAUCCUCUGGCUGGUGCCGCAGUACGUGGUCAUGACCCUCGGCGAGGUGAUGUUCUCGGUGACCGGACUGGAGUUCUCCUACGCCCAGGCGCCGCCCAGCAUGAAGAGUGUCCUGCAGGCCUGCUGGCUACUGACUGUGGCCUUUGGCAACGUCAUCGUGGUCAUCAUCGCCGAGGCGGCCCUCUUCGAAUCGCAGGCCAGCGAGUUCUUCUUGUUCGCCGGCCUUAUGUUCGCCGACAUGCUGAUCUUCAUGGUGAUGGCCUACUACUAUGUGCCCAAUGAUCCCAACAAGAAGGAGGAGGAGACCCAGCCGCUGACGGCGGGCGAUGCCACCAAGGCCACCGAGAUCCCGCCCCUCGAGGGGGGAGUGGAGAACAAGGGCAAGGACAUCGACGAGUAGAUCCACUGACCUGAUCUGAUCUGAUCUGAUUCCUCCUGCUCGCUCCUGCGUUGUGUAUUAUAUGUAUUUGUACUUGUAGAUGUGUAGAUGUGAAUCCUUAGUGGCCUCUGUCCAUUUCCAAGCUAAGUGUAAGUGAAGCCCCGCCGGGCGUUGUUGCAUAUGAAAAGACAUCCAUCUAGUUAAUCUAAUAAAAGAAAACUAUUAUUAUA